UGUCAUAUCAAAAUUUAUCCCAUAUACGUUCAUUUUGGAUAAUGUUCUCAAGAUUGCAAACUCUCACAAGAUUAACACUAACACACAACUUAAAAAGAUUUAUUGCCAUGAAAAAUAAUGCUGUUGUAGCUGUAGUUCUAGCUGGGUCUGGUGUUUAUGAUGGAAGUGAGGUACAUGAAGCUUCUGCUGUUAUGGUCAAUUUGAGUCGAAAUGCCGCUGAGUACAAGAUAUAUGCUCCAGACAUAGCACAAAUGCAUGUUAUAAAUCACACUAAUGGUGAAGAAAUGAGUGAAACUAGGAAUGUUUUGGUUGAAUCAGCAAGGAUUGCAAGAGGAGCUAUUAAACCACUUACAGAACUGUCAGUAUCAGAUUUUGACGCUGUCAUCUUUCCUGGUGGAUUUGGUGCUGCAAAAAAUUUAUGUGAUUUUGCAGUGAAGCAGGCAAAUUGCACAGUCAACGAUGAAGUGUCGAAAGUAAUUGCUGAUUUUCAUUCUGCUAAAAAGCCUAUAGGUAUGUGUUGUAUUGCACCAGUGAUUGCUGCUAAAGUUUUGCCAGGCUGUGAAGUAACUUUAGGGAUGGAUGCUGAACAGGAUGGAAAAUACCCAUAUGCAGGUGCCACAGGUGCUGUUACUGCAAUGGGAUCAAAACAUAUUAACAAGGAAGUAUAUGAAGUACAGGUGGAUGAGCAAAACAAACUUGUUACCACUCCUGCAUUUAUGUGUGAAACAAAAAUACACGAAAUCCAUGAUGGUGUAGGGGAAAUGGUUAAAGCCGUCUUAAAGUUGAUAGCUUGAGGGAAAUGUUUAAGUAUUUAUGAAAGACCUCCUUAAGGUACCAUGGAGAUAUCAAGAUUAGAAAUGACAAUGGGUGGGAAGGGUAGAAGUGUGUUUGUCACAUUUUAGAGACAUUUCUUACAUUAUGGUAUGAACAAAGUGUUAUCCAGUAUUUAUCACUUGAUAUGUGUAAAAGUGAAUAUUAAAUAUAGUUUUGUUGUUUUCUUA